GCCGCCAUCUUCCAGUCCCGGGUAGCCAGCGCCAGUCGGAGCCAGCGCGAGCCGCCGCCGCCGCCGCCGCCGUCGCUGUCACUGCCUCUGCCAAGUCCUCUGCCCGCUACCCCCGCCAUGUCGGCUACGGCUGCCACCGUCCCGCCUGCCGCCCCGGCCGGCGAGGGUGGCCCCCCUGCACCUCCUCCAAACCUUACUAGUAACAGGAGACUGCAGCAGACCCAGGCCCAGGUGGAUGAGGUGGUGGACAUCAUGAGGGUGAAUGUGGACAAGGUCCUGGAGCGGGACCAGAAGCUGUCGGAGCUGGAUGACCGCGCAGAUGCCCUCCAGGCAGGGGCCUCCCAGUUUGAAACAAGUGCAGCCAAGCUCAAGCGCAAAUACUGGUGGAAAAACCUCAAGAUGAUGAUCAUCUUGGGAGUGAUCUGCGCCAUCAUCCUCAUCAUCAUCAUCGUUUACUUCAGCACUUAAAUCCCUGAGGAGUCUGCCCUGCCUAAGAAGGGCCUCUCCCCCACCCCCAGCCGUUCCUCCACCUCUCAGCCAUAUCUUUCAGCCCCCUCCCUUGGAUCCGUGUGUGUGUGUGUCCGUGUGUGUGCCCCCUGUAAAUAGCCAGCUGUUAUUUAUACAUAUAUAAUAUUAUAUAUAUUUGGUCUGUUUGUAGUUUUAUUACUAGAAGAUUUUUUCCGGUUGUCCUUAACACCCCUUCCUGAGGUUCCCAUCACCUCUCUCUCUCAACCUCUGUCCCUUUUCCUCUUUCCUGAUCAGCCCCAAGUCCCUUCAUUUGCAUCUGCUAUGCAAUAGCCCCUCUCCUCCUUCCCUUGGAUUUAACCAAUCUUUCCCUUAUCUUCCCUGUACAAUCCCAGGCCCUCCCAAAACAAAAAGCAAACCCCACAGAAACAAACAGAACACUCCACCUGUCUAGGCUUCCCUAGGCUGCAUCUUUGUAUCCCUUGGGAGGCUCUGAGACUGGUUCCACUUGGUCCUAAGAAUCCCAAGGUUUUCUGGGAGCUUCCAACAUGUUGAUUAGCAUAUCAUUUGCACACGCCUUCUGUUUUGGUUUUGUUUGUUUGUUUAUUAGUUUUUUGUUCCCUUUCUGAUCCAUCACUAUUCACUCUUCUGUGUUUUUUCUUUCUUUCUUUUUGGAAGAGUCAGUCUCCAUUGGUCCUCUUAUCACACUUUUAUUAGCACGACAUUAUCUGAAGGUGGUGGGGAGUCUGGACUUUUGGGGAACCAGGCUGCUCUGGACCCCAAGGUUGCCUCCUCCCAACCCCUCUAGUCUAGUUUGCUUCCCUUACCCUGUUUUCCACACCUCUUGUACCCUCCUCUCCCUCCCCCAGCUGGUGUGUAAGUGUCUUGGAGUUCAGUGUGUUAUGAUGGACCAAUAAUUCUGCCACUCGGGGUCUCUCCCUACAUUCCUGCUCCCCAGUUUUCAUGUGGGGCACUCAACUGACAUUCCCAGGGGGGUCUCGCUCCCUCCCAUCUGCCUGAUCUGCUGCCUCCUCCCACCAGGAGAACUGGGGGCUGACCACAAUCUGGUUCUUUGAGGAGGGGUGGCUCCAGUGUGUGUGGGUCAUCACUGCCUUGGGGAGGAGUGGGACAAAACAGAAUCCCCCUAAUUCCUGCCUGAAGUCUCUGGCCUCAUCCUUGCUAGAGGUUGGACUGAAACUUUCCUCCCCAAUCUGGGGGGGGGUUAUUACCCCCCAUCACUGCCCAGCUCCUCUGACUGCCCCCCUGUAUUCAGGGUGGGGGUACUAGUCACUGCCAAUAUGUGUAUGGGACUUGCUGGAGGAUGGGGAUCCUCAUCCUUCUCCAGGGCUGUUGAGCCCAGAGAGAGAGAGAGAGAGAGCGCGUGUGAGAGAGAAAGCAAGCUAUUUCCUUGUUGAGUACAAUGAUAGAGGAAGGAUCUAAUCUUUUAAAAUGGCACAGUUUUAGGGGUCUGAGGGUACAGCCCCUUAACCUGCCUUGAGGGGGUGUUCCCCAAACUCUUGCCCCCACACACCAGGUUUUCUGUGUGGAGGGGAACCAAGGAGAUCUAAACUGUGGUGUGAAAGGGUAGGAGAGAUGCUGGGGGUGGGGGUGCUUGUGUUUUAGACCCCCAAUAUUAUCCCAGUGUCCCCUGCCUUCCUUCUUCCCCUGCCCCAUGCCCCCAAUUCUGUGGCGCAUCCAGAUUGUGAAAAUGUACAAUAAACGUGUAAUGAGUAAC